AUGUCCUCUGAAGGCUUUCGCUUCGCCUUUGGCGACGGUGACGAUGAGGAUGCGGCGGCGGCGUCGCCCCCACCGGCGCGUCGUGGAGGCCCCUCCGCAGACUCCGCGGAGGCAGUGCCCGUGGCACUUGUCGCGCAGCUUCCCGUGUACGCGUUGGGAGUGGAGCUGGUGAGGGAGUGGGCGGGGUGCUACCCGACGGACCCGCGGGACCAGAUGGAGCUUGUGAGUCGUGCAGCCGGAAUCCAGUUCCCCCCCUUGCUCUACCAGCGCGCCCCGGAUGUGUCGGGGCUCACGAGCGAUGGAAGCAAACUGGAGCGGCGGGACAUUAUCCCUGGAAAGUACUAUGGCGGGUUGAAGGUGUGGUCGUGUGCGCCGUAUCUGGUGGAGUACAUGUUUGAGAACCGGGACACGUUCAGGCGUCUUUUUGAGUCCACCGCAAACAACACCCCGCCGACGCCGUUUGCGGAGGAUGCUGCGGCAUAUCCUCUCGUUGCUGAGGUUGGGUGUGGGCAGGGUCUUCCUGGCAUUGCGGCACUUCUCCUGGGGGCUCGGCGCGUGAUCUUUCAGGACUACAACGAGGAGGUGUUGCAGACUUGUGUCAGGCCCAACGUUGCGGCUAACUGGCUGCGCCAUGCGGAGGACGCGGCGUUGUGUGGGCCGCGGCCACCAACGCCGCCCAUGGUGCAGAUGGUCUCUGGCGACUGGAGCCGCCUACAAUGGCAGGCUGCCGAGGAUGGGGCUGAAGCGAAGGCGCACGAUGUGCGCUGCCGGGUGGUGCUGGGCAGUGAUGUUACCUUCGACGAGGAGGCCUGUGAGAAGCUUGCGGCGAUGUUGGGCCGCUGCCUCUCCCCUGCAGGGGGGGUGGCAUACAUCGCCAGCAAGCAGUAUUACUUUGGCACAAAUGGUGGGGCGCUCGAGUUCCAAAGGCGCGCUGCCAUCCAUGGACUCGAGACUGCUGAGGUGAGUCGCAUGGAUGAGGCUGGUGGAAUGCAGCGGUUAGUCAUGCGCGUGUGGCGACGGAGUUAA